UAUACAACUCCACUACUGUAUAUAUUAUUUUUCCUCUCAAAUAAAAGAAGACCCUCCAUACAACUACAGGGUCGCAAAGUGCAGAUCCUCAGUGUGUUAACUUUGUGAGAUCUCUGUGUGUUUGUAUUCCUUGAUCGAGCAUGAGAUGAAUUUGGUGGGCAGAGAUCGAAUCGAGGCAUUUGUUUCCAUUUUCGUAACUCUUCUUCCUCACGAGCUCUCCUCAUUGCUUUACUCCUCAUCCACUUUUUUCUUUAUUUUGAGCUCAUACUUUGUGGUUCUUCCUUUACGUGAUGAAGGGGCUAUAUCUUUGGGAUUGGGGAAUCUCCCCAGCUUGUUUGUGGGAUCCUUGAUACUCACACUCUUUGCUGCCCCUCUUUCCACCUUUAUCUUUUCAUUGCCUAAUCUUUCCAAGUCCAAGGCUUUGGUCUUGAUACACAGGUUUUUUGGGGUCACACUUGUUGCGUUCUACAUCCUGUGGAUUUCUUCUACUCCUGGGAGUUCACCAUUUAAUAUCAAGGGACUGCUCUCUGUGUCCUCAACUUUAAAACAGGAAUUAAAAGUGGAGGUGAGUCACACGAAUACCCCAAACUCGUCCAGUUGGAGCAACCAUGGGUGGUUCUACGUGUCAGUGAGAAUUGGCCUGUUUCUUUGGGUUGCUUUGCUUAAUCUUAUUACUAUAUCUUCAACUUGGGCUAGAGUUAUUGAUGUGAUGGAUAGUGAGUCAGGUUCACGAUUGUUUGGGUUUAUUGGUGCUGGUGCUACACUCGGCCAGCUGUGUGGUUCAUUAUUUGCCACAGGAAUGGCUUGGUUAGGACCGUAUUUACUUCUUGUUUCAGCAAUUCUCAUGGAACUUGCUGCACAGUCAUCAAAAGGAAUCAAGAAAGACGUCUUACAACUUCCUGAAGAACUAUCUCCCAUCAGGGAAGCUGAUAUCAAUCAAGCUGAAGAGGCCGAGAAUAUACCAGGGCUCACACAGAGAACAACUUCCCCAAAAUCGCCAGCUUCUGUAGCAAAGCCUCAGUUCUGGGCUAUAUUGGAUGGGCUAAAGCUCAUUCUAUCUUCGACUUACUUGUUGCACGUAUCAUUAUUCCUUUGGCUGAGUGCAGUUGUGUCCUCCUUUUUUUACUUUCAGAAAGUUACUGUUAUUGCUGCUGCAGUAACAGAUCCCACUGGUAGAAGGAGAUUAUUUGCACAGAUCAAUAGCUUUAUUGCUAUUUUUAUCCUUGCCGGACAGCUCACUUUGACGGGGCGCAUCCUUACUUUUGCUGGUGUUACUCUAGCCAUUUGCUCUGCACCAUUUGUUGCCUUGGCAAAUCUAAUUGCUUUAGCAGUAUGGCCCACAUGGAUUGUAGUGGCCGUCUCAGAAACUCUGAGGAAGGUGGUCACAUAUGUCGUUACGAGGCCUGCAAGGGAGCUUCUUUUCACUGUUGUCUCACAGGAUGAGAAGUAUAAAGCAAAGGUAUGCAUAGAUGUGAUUGUUCAAAGACUUGGGGAUGCUACAGCAGCUGCAAUGUACAAGCUACUCUUCAGCACUCUCAAUGGCAAGGCAUCAGCUGUUUCUCUAUAUGCCCUGCCUGUCUGCUUGAUGUGGAUACUGACGGCAUUUUAUCUAGGACAUCGAUACAGGCAACUAUCAGCGGAUCAUCCGUCUCAACCCACUGAAACAUGUAGAAGAUACGGAACAUAAUGCCAAACACAAAGAGUUUUUGUAUCUUUCAGAACCUGGAUGCUUCAAUAUAUGCGGUUCAAGGGCGAUGUCUCAAGUUCUGGCAGUUAAAGUUGCUUGUUCCAGAGUAGGGAUACGACUCUAGUGGUUGAGGAUCGACCUAAAAGCUGGACACAGAUAUUCUAUUUGGAGAAGUGAAUCAGGAAAUCAACUAUAUUUCCUCGAUUGUCACAAUUUUUAUAUACAUUUUUGGGUGAUUUUGAUGUCUUUGCGGUUGUUAGUUUCUUAUUGGUCAAUCUGAGAUCCAUCUCUAGGGUAGGACAUUGUCCUGCAAGACAUCCAUUCUAAUAUUUAAUGGUACAGUAUACAAAUUUAUCACUUAUUCGGUCCAAGUUAUGGGGUUAACGAAAAUUAGGUCAACCAUUAUACUGAGUUGGCAGCCAUUUGCUUUUCAGUAAGACUGUAGUAGUCUGUACUUGCUGGUAUAGAAAAUGGAGCAAAGAACAAAGACAGUGAUAGAACCAUCACACCAAGUCUAGUGUCAAUAGCUGUGAAUGGUGCUCAACAGGUUGGUCUAGUGGCAGUGUCUCAAUAGCUGUGAAUGGUGCUCAACAUUCGGCCAUUGUUGGGAACAGUGACUCUUUUUUGCAUACUACUAUAGUUUGCGACAAAUUGGAGCUGGCAAAAUAUAGACACAUUGCGAGAACCUGUACUGAUUUCCUUUGGAUAUUCAUAGGAGUAAAAAGUUUUCGUGAUAUUAUCCAUUCUUUUACUGCUUUCAUCUCGAUUUACAUAUAAAUACGUUCUUAUUAAAGAAACAGUGGAUGCCCUUUAAAUUAGAACUCUGUAUCCCACAUCUGA